ACGCCCCUCCCUCCCUCCCUCCCUGGAUUGGCUGCAGCUCCUCUGCCUCGCAGCUAAUGCGCGACAGGGCGUCUGGUGCGGACGCGGAUUAGUGUUUACGUAAGGCGGAUUAAAGGAUGGAGAGGCCGUGGGAAGGGUAGCCGAGGAGGAACCGGCCGGGAUGGGGGCCAGCAACAGCAGCAGCAGCAGCCAUGGAGGAAGGCCAGGCCAGGAGGAAGAGGAAGAGGAAGAGGAAGAGGAAGGAGAGGAGGAAGAGGAAGAAGAAGAAGAAGAAGAAAGGGAGAGGAAAGGAAGAGGAGGAGAAGCCCCCGCCAUUCUCAAGAGCCGCAAUGGGCCCACCCUCUUGCCGGACGCCUCUUGGGUCCGCGGCUGGAAGGCCCUCCUUUCCAACGUGGGGGGGGCCCUUCUGGGCUUGGAAAAAGCUCUGGGCCCCCGGAACCCUUUCAAAAUGGGCCAAGGGGUCCAGGCGGAGGCCCUCGGUUGCCGGGCGGAAAAGAAGGAGGCGGCAACGGCAGCAGAUCGGGGCCUGCCCCAGUGCGUCUCCCUUUUCCUCCCCGAAUUUCCCCUCCGGCCACCAGUGGGGCAGCGCCAGCUCAAGAUUUUGGGUUUUGUGGCCAAAGGGUCAUUUGGGACGGUGCUGAAGGUCCUGGACUGCGGCCAAGGGCAGGUCUUUGCGGUCAAGGUCGUCCCCAAAGUGGAGGUCUUGCGCCGGGACACUCUGAAGCAGUGCAAGGAAGAGGUCAGCAUCCAGAGGCAGGUCCGGCACCCCUUUGUCCACUGCGUGGGAGACACGUGGCAAGGCCAGCGCCACCUCUUCAUCCUGUGUUCCUAUUGCAGCACGGGAGACCUUUACUCCCUGUGGAAGUCGGUGGGCCGCUUUGCGGAGGCCGUCCUGCGCCUCUUUGCCACGGAGCUGGUCCUGGUGCUAGCUUAUCUCCAUAACCUGGGCAUUGUCCAUCGGGACGUCAAGAUGGAAAACAUCCUCCUGGAUGAACAAGGGCAUUUGAAGCUGACAGAUUUUGGCCUUUCGCGCCAUUUGGCUUGCGGGGAACGGGCCUACACCAUUUGCGGGACCCUCCAAUAUAUGGCCCCGGAAGUCCUGAGUGGCGGUCCGUACGCCCAUCCGGCCGACUGGUGGUCUAUGGGGGUCCUGCUGUUUGCACUGGCGACUGGGAAGUUCCCAGUUCCUCCGGAGAAGGACCACGUCAGCAUGCUGGAAAGUGUGAAAAACUGCAGCUACACCGUCCCGUCCUCGCUCGGCCUUGGGCUGCGCCUUCUCCUCAGUGAGCUCCUGUGCCCGGACCCUCAGCGGCGCCUGCGCUACCUGCACCACUUCCGCGGCCACCUCUUCUUCCGGGGCAUGACCUUUGACGCCGAGAUCCUCCGCAAGCAGCCGGUGGACUUUGUCCUGGGCCUCCAGCGGGCCGCCGAGACCCCCAUGGACUCCGCCGCCUUCUCCGACUUCGACCUGGACCUGGCCAGCCCCUCCGGACAGCCCUGCCCCGGGUGACCACCCUUGGAGACCCCCCCCCCCACCCCCCCCCCCCCCCGCACAAACGCCAUGGAUCACUGUGAAGAACCUCCUGCGCCGAGCAAACCCUCAGGACGCCACACCAGGCCACUCAGGAACUGGGAUCUCAGGGACACCACUGGGCACAACUGGGAGAGGGUCACUCGGGGUCGCCCCCCUUUGACCCCCUCCGCUAUGCAAGGAACAUGGGGAGGUCCCCCACAUCCAGGAUUUCUAUUUCCUCAUCCCUCUUUCCUUCCUCUAUCUUGCGGUCUUCUAUCUCAAAGGAAACUGGCCUUUCUUCUCUCUCUUCUCCUUUUCUGCUUUCCUCUUUUUCCUCCUCCUCUUCUUCUUCCUCUUCUUCCUCCUCCCUUUCUUUCACUUCCUCUUCUCCUUCUUCCUCCUCCUCUUCCUCUUCCC